AUGUCGGCGCCGGUGAAUUUGACGGCAGAAAUUGUUCAGCUUCAUGCUGAAAUUACAAGACUCGAGACGGGUUUCUAUGAGAAUGUCAACUCGUUCUUCCUCUGCUCCAUGGCUCUCAUUAUCUUCUUCAUGCAAUGCGGUUUCGCAUAUCUUGAAGCAGGAGCCGUACGCAGUAAGAACACGACAAACAUUCUUAUAAAGAAUCUUCUUGACUCUUGUAUUUGCAUCAUCGGGUAUUGGGCAAUCGGAUGGGCACUAGCUUACGGUGAAUCUGGAGAUGGUGUGAACCUAUUCUUCGGUCACUCCCAGUUUUUCCUUUCUGGAUUCUCUGACUAUCCCCGAUUCUUUUUCCAAUACGUAUUCUCUGCUACUGCUGCGACUAUUGUUUCCGGUGCUGUCGCUGAAAGAUGUGAAUUCAUCACCUAUGUGACGUACUGUACUGUUAUUUCAACAUUCAUCUACCCGAUUCUCACCCACUGGGGAUGGUCAGAGAAUGGAUGGAUGGCACAAGGAAUCACUAGUGGAAUCAUUGAUACCAAAUAUGAUGAUUUCGCUGGAUCAGGAGUCGUUCAUCUCUGCGGGGGGUCAAUUUCUUUCCUCGCCGCAUGGUUUAUGGGACCAAGAAUCGGAAAAUUCCCUGAAGAUGAGGAUGACGAAUCGGAUGAAAUUCUUGGUCACUCUGUUCCAUUUACCGCGUUGGGAGGAUUCAUUCUGAUGUUCGGUUUCUUGGCAUUUAAUGGAGGUUCAGUUGCCAGUAUCUCACAUGCAGGAGAUGGGCAUACUGUAGCUUUGGCUAUGGUCAAUACCAUUAUGAGUGGAUCAUUUGCCGCUCUAACUUAUCUCGGCGUUCAUUAUUAUCAACACGGAAAAUGGACACUUCUCCUAACAAUCAACGCAUGUUUGAGUGGAAUGGUUGCCGCAUGUGCCGGAUGUAACAAGAUGGAGCCCUGGGGAUGCAUCUGGGUUGGAACUGGAGCUGGAUUGUUAUAUCUGGCUUGCAGUAAGCUUAUGAUCAGACUGAAGAUUGAUGACCCUCUUGAUGCUUUCGCCGUGCAUGCUGGUGGUGGUUUCUGGGGAUUGAUGUCAUCUUCCAUUAUUUCACGUGGUGGUCUUGCAUAUGCUCUUGUUGGCUCAAUUGCUGGAGAGGAAAAUUCAGGAGAUCGCUUGACACAAGCAUUUGCUCAACUCGGAUGGCAGAUGAUUUGUGCAUUGGCGAUUGUGGUCUGGUCGGUUUCUUUCAUCUUUCCAUUUUUCUGGAUUCUCAAAAAGGUCGGAAAACUUCGUGUAUCUGAAGAAGUGGAGAUCAAUGGUUUGGAUGUGUUCAAGCACGGAGAGAUGGCUUAUCCAUUGAGAGCUUAUGGACAUGGAUGGCAUGAUUUUGAGAGAGCUAACAAAGUUCAAGCGUUCAGUUCGAAAAUCACUGUUGGUGAAGGAAGAAACACAAGAAUCAUGAAGAUUCAUCCAGAAAUGUCCAUUGAACAACUUGCAUCUGUCUACGAUAGAAGUGGAAACAUCAUUCCAAUGCCGAAGAAGUCUCGUACUUUAUUCACAAACCCAGCAGAGAGAAAGCUGUCUCAGAUGGUUUAUGAUGAGAAUAAAAUGUGA